GUGAGCAUAUAAAUGUGAUCCUCCGCCUUUGGGACUACACUAUUCUCUGUGGAGAAGUCCUCUGCCAGUGAUUACAACUUUCCCAAUUUGACCAUGAAGAUCAGUGGAGGCUUCCUACUGCUGUUUGCCCUGGCCCCUCUCUGCCUAUCCGCUGUAGUUCCUGUUCAGGAUUUAGGGAAGGAGGACUGCAGCAUUUAUAAGAAGUUCCCAGUGUCAGCUAUUCCCUGCCCUGUUACAUAUUUUCCCGUGUGUGGUUCUGACUACAUGACUUAUGGAAAUGGAUGUCAUCUAUGCAUAGAGACCUUGAAAACAAAUGGAAAAGUGACUUAUCUUCAUGAUGGAAAUUGCUAACUCCUCCCUGAACCAGACUAUAGAAAAAUCGUACCCCUAUCAUCUUUGU